AUGUUCGCUGUGCCAACAUCAACACCCAAAAGCAAACAAACAGUCGAUCUGAUGCAUGGUAUUACGUAUUCCCUCCUUGCUUUCCAUCUAGAUCUAUCGCUCAGUAUCAAAACACUUGUGGCUACCACCACCAAGCCAUAUCAGUCCCUCAGUUCCUGUGACGGACGUGUUGCUGCCUGGCUAGAGGAUAUCAACAAAGGCUAUCCUUUUCAGCACGAUACGUCCCCCAUUUUGGCAUCAUCAGAGACGACAACUUCUGUGGGCGAUGAAUUCAAUAGGUUAGAUAUAGUAGAUAGCAGUCCAGCUAGUUCAAACUUUAAAAAGAGAAAACAAUGGGAAGCAAACAUCUUAUCCGAAGCGGAGGAGAGCUGA